UCCACCUAUGGUCUUCUCAGCAAUGGCGGAAUAGAGCCUUUUUAAAAAGUAGCAGCAGUAGUAGCUACUACUACUUUGUUAAAUGUGAACAAAUUUCAGAUUUUCACAUGUGACGUAGUAGAAUAUAUUGACUGGGAAAGGAUAACCGAAGCCUAAAAGUGUUCCCCGAUGGAUGGAGGACGACGAAGAGAGCCGCCACCGGCGUCGAAGUUUACGGUGUAUCAAAAUCCAGCCCUUUCAGCUGCCCUAACCUCCAAAAGCCGCCGACCUUCUGUAUCCACUUUCUUAGUCAUCCUUGCUCUCUCUUCCGCCUCUGCCGUCGCUCUCUUCACCGCCACUUGCCGGGAGAAGGGAUUGGCUGACAUUUUGAGGCUUCGAAAUGUUCCACAAGAUGUUUCAUCUGUUUUUGUUAAAGUUAUACAAACCAUCACAAGCUUACUUCUGUUUGGCACCGUGGUUGCCUUUAUCAAAGCCAUUUCGAUAUGGAAAGUGAGGGAUGCUGCAGAGGUAACAAUUUUGUCGUCUUCCAAGGGAAAAGAGGAGCAGUUGCAUCUUACUACUCGGCAACUAGGUCUUAUAGGAGUGAAGCCUAAAGUUGAACCAGCUGUAGUGGAUUCUUCUAAGAAACCUCCUAAGUCUAAAAAUGCAUCUGCAUCUCCUUCGCAAACUCUUGUCCCACUUCAUCAGCCAAUUCCUGCUCCAGGUUAUUCUUCCAGAGUAAGGGGUGACAAGUCAAGCAUGAGUAGUGGCAACAAAAUGCAUGCUUUCAGCAGCUCAUCAAAAUCGCCAUCUUCCCCAUCUUUGUACCUUGUCCCAACAGCCUCUUCCCAGUCACCUGUUCAGAAUUCACCGGGUUCAGAUAAACUUCUAGCUAAUCCUUGGUCUAACAAACGAGCCACUUCUCAUAAGGAGAUAACAACAGAACAAGAGCUUGAAAAGUUUUUGGCAGAUGUUGAUGAGAAAAUCUCUGAAUCAGCGAGUAAAUUGGCUACUCCUCCUGCAACCAUCAAUGGGUUCAGCAGAGCCAGUCCUACUCCAAUUGUCAGUUCGGCUAAUACUUCUGGAACUACCAGGAGCACGCCUUUGAGGCCUGUUAGAAUGUCACCCGGAUCCCAGAAAUUCUCUACCCCGCCAAAGAAAGGGGAGAGCGAUCUACCACCUCCUAUGUCUAUAGAAGAGUCCAUUGAAGCUUUUGAGCAUCUGGGCAUCUAUCCAGAGAUUGAGCAGUGGCGUGAUCGCCUCAGACAGUGGUUUUCUUCAGUUUUGUUGAAUCCUUUACUUACCAAGAUUGAUUCCAGUCAUGUAAGGGUUAUGCAAGCAGCUGCUAAGCUUGGUGUCACAAUUACAAUCACUCAAGUUGGAAGUGAUACACCAAGUAAAGGAACUAUGGCCACCUUGUCUCCAGUUAAGAGAACUAAUGAAUGGCAGCCAGCAAUUGCUGUUGAUGAGGAUGGUCUUCUUCAGCAGUUACGUACCACUCUUGUCCAAGCACUAGAUGCUUGCUUGCCAAAAUUACCUCUUGGCAAUAUCCAACGGUCACCACAGCAGAACUCAUUAGUCCCUAUCCUACAAGAGUGCAUAGAUGCAAUCACAGAACAUCAAAGACUUCAUACGUUGAUGAAAGGAGAAUGGGGUAAGGGUUUGCUACCACAAAGCAGUGUCCGGGCAGAUUAUACAGUUCAAAGAAUUCGAGAGCUUGCUGAAGGAACCUGUGUGAAGAACUACGAGUAUCUGGGAAAUGGAGAAGUCUAUGACAAAGUAAACAAGAAGUGGACCCUCGAGCUUCCUACAGAUUCUCAUUUACUUCUGUAUCUAUUCUGUGCUUUCCUGGAACAUCCAAGUUGGAUGCUGCAUGUUGAUCCCACAUCUUAUGCUGGAUCACAGUCGAGCAGGAACCCUUUGUUUUUAGGUGUUCUGCCUCCAAAAGAUAGAUUUCCUGAAAAGUACAUAGCUGUUGUAUCAUGUUUUCCUUCCAUACUGCAUCCAGGAGCUUGUAUACUGGCUGUUGGGAAGCAAAGCCCUCCGAUAUUUGUGUUGUACUGGGAUAAAAAGCCUCAGUUCUCUCUCCAGGGAAGAACAGCACUAUGGGACUCCAUCUUACUUUUGUGCUACAAGAUUAAGACUAGUUACGGAGACAUAGUGCGGGGGAUGCAUCUUGGUUCAUCAGCCUUGCGCAUUCUGCCUGUUUUUCAUGCUGAAACUGUAAACUGAGAAACUUCAUAGUCAUUCAUGUUUGUUCGGCAGGAGUACAAGGGUGAACUCUGAAGAAUGGAUCCCAUUGAUUGUUACCUAUGCAGAUAGCAUUUGGUCAAAGGAACCUAAUUUUGACGAUCAUGACUUUUGUCAGAUUAACAUGCUAGGAAAUUUGAUAACAUGAGAUAGAACAAGUUCCCAGUGCGUUGAAGCUUUGUUGUAAAUUUAGAUGAGAAUUUCUGUAGGUUACUACUUGAUAACAUUAUUCUUUUCCAUGUAUGCUUUUGGGAACUUCUGUGACUUGACGGCGGAAUUUUCUGUUGCAUGAUUGAUGCCCAGUCAAUUUCCCGGUCGCUGGCUCGUCAUUUAUUCAAAAACUAUUGGAUAUAAGAUUACUGUUCA